AUGUCGACGAUCGAGAGUCUAUCCACGACCUUUACCUCUCUGCCCCCUUCGUGUGUGCUUUUUAUUCCCCGGGAUGAGAGGUGCGUUGUUGUUGGGACCUAUCUCCUCAACGAGGAUGCCGGGUCAAUUGAGGGGAAGAAGGUUGGGAGUUUGUUGCUCUAUCGAAUGGAUGAGGGCGGACAACUGUAGUACUUACUCCACCUCCUCCUCACCUUCCUUCUAACUAAGAGAUAUCCCAGGAGCCUUGUGGCAUCUCAACAAACACAUGCAAUCCUAGACAUCAAAUUCUCGCCGCAUUCACCAGAAGUUCUGGCUGUCGCUCAAUCCAACGGAACACUAUCAUUCUACAACACCUCUAACGACACCAUUACCCUAUCCGCUCAUCACGUCCUCUUCGAUGCAUCCAUUCUGCUCUUAUCCGUUAACUUUUCCCCCACAGCACAGCACCUAGCUUUCGCUUUAUCUAGUGGUGAAGUGGGCAUCUUUUCUCUUGAAUCUGGGAAAGUCACCUACAAAUACUCGCCACACGAACUCGAGGCAUGGACAUGUGAGUUCACACCUGAUGGGAAGGGAUUGUAUUCUGGCGGGGAUGAUUCAGCAAUAUGUUUGUAUGAUUUGGAGACUCGGACGCAGCUCUGGAGGGAUAGGAGGACACAUCGGGCUGGUGUUACGGCCGUACUGGAUAGGGGUGACGGGACAUUCUUGACGGGUUCGUACGAUGAGUGGUUAAGGAUCUUCGAUGCAAGGACAAAGAGGGUUAAAAGUGAUAUUAAAUUGGGGGGUGGGGUCUGGAGGCUCCAAAUGCGCGGUGAGGACUCCGUAUUGGCGAGUUGUAUGCAUGCUGGGGCCAGAGUCGUCUCCGUGCGAGACGAGAGUAAGCCGAGCAUAGUCGCAAAGUUUGAGGAGCACGAGAGCAUGAAUUACGGGAGCCACGUGCAUGAGGCGAGGCUGGACACAAUUACCUCGUGCAGCUUUUACGACAAACGACUGUGUAUCUGGUCCCUAUAG